AUGAAUAACUCGUCAGCCCAUUCCGUGCCCCAGAGAGAUAGACCCGCGCCCUCCUCCUCCUCGCUCCAUCCCAACCACCAGCCUCGCGCUCAACCUCAUCAGCCUCCCCCAAUCUCGACCCCGUCCCUGGGCUCGUCGCCCGUCGUCCUGUCACCACGGCAGCCUUCGCGAUCCCCCUCGCCGUUCGUGUCUAUUACCUCCGAGGUAGCCCAUCGCCAUCCUCCGCACCCCCAUAACGCCUCCGAGGAGAACAAGCCGUUGAACGAAGGGAGGGAGCCUCCCUCUGCGGCCGCGUCAGACAGUGAACUCGAGUUCGAGGACUGGGAACUGGGAAGUCGGAACGACGACGACGAGGAUCGCAACCGCAACAGCAGGGACUCGGUCGCCGACGACGACGACAUGCCUUCCGACCUGCGUCCCCCCUUCCACCGGCCGACGGACGGUCGUUCGCAUCAGCCCUUGCUUGGCAACAAACGCGAUGAUCGCCGCAGUUACGACUCGCCCACGCUCCGUCCGCAGAUGGGCGGCCGUCGCCGCACUUUCCACGAACGGGACCCUGAUCUCGAGGCCAAGACCGCGACCCGUAAGCGGUACACGUACGCCGCCGGCUUCUUGGUGUUGAGCUUAAUCAGCUUCGCCGUGCAGACGGAGACGGCCGUCUACAUCCAACACCACUUGGGCUGGAACAAGGCAUAUACGAUGCUAUGGUUGACGCACGGGUCUUGGUCCCUGCUCUGGCCGACGCAGCUCCUCAUUCUCCGCCUCCAGAAGUGGAACCAGCCAUGGCCCGCAUUCUGGCGCCGGCAUUUGCAGAUUCUGCGCAGCACCGCGCAGAUGGUUGAGCACGGCACGCUGCGUCCCACAGGUCGGCAACUGUCCAAGUCGCCUGUUCCGUACAUGCUUCGGAUGACCGCUAUCGUGACAUGUGCCUUGACAGUCGCCGGCGGUAGCUGGUACGUAGCUGUCGAUCUGACAACCGCAAGCGAUUUGACAGCCAUCUACAAUUGCUCCGCCUUCUUCGCCUACGCUUUCAGCAUCCCGCUGCUGCACGAAAAGGUUCGCACCUCGAAGAUCAUCGCCGUCGCUGUUGCUAUCGGAGGUGUGCUCGUCGUCGCCUAUGGCGACGUGACUCCGGCGAAGCACGGCAACAAGUCCGGCGGUGGUGCUGGCGGUGACAAGGCUCCCGGUUCCUCCGAGGCCAGCAACCGUGCUGUGGGUAACCUCAUUAUCGGUGUCGGCAGUGUACUGUACGGCUUGUACGAGGUGCUAUACAAGAAGCUGGCCUGCCCGCCUGAUGGCUGCAGUCCCGGCCGAGGCAUGAUCUUCGCGAAUACUUUUGGUAGCUUGAUCGGCUGCUUCACGCUGUUCAUUCUGUGGAUCCCCAUUCCGAUUUUGCAUUUCACUGGUGUGGAGAAGUUCGCCAUGCCUACUGGUGAAGCUGCCUGGAUGCUGUGUAUCAGUGUCUUGGCCAACGCAACUUUCUCCGGCUCUUUCCUUGUCUUGAUCAGCCUGACAUCUCCGGUCUUGUCAUCCGUGGCCGCGCUGUUGACCAUCUUCAUUGUUGCCCUCAUCGACCAGCUCCUCCCGCCGCCGCUCAACUCCCCGCUCAGCUUCGCCGCCGUCAUCGGUGGUUGCUUGAUCAUUGGCGCUUUCCUCAUGCUCUCGUACGAUACCUAUAAGGAGAUGGACGAGGAGAGGAGGAAGAAGCUCGAGGAGGAUGUCAGCGAUUCGGAUGUCGACAGCAGGUUAGGCGACUAA